UGGAGCUGCUUCCUCUCAGCCCUGCGAGAGCCCUAAACAGUGCAUCUGCCUGCAGCCUGCCCGCAGCCUGCCCGCAACCAGCACCCAGGCUCAGGGUUUGGCCUCGCUCCUCAGCCAUGCUGCUGCUCCCGCUGCUCCUGGAGGCCACCCUGCUGCGCCUGGCCAGCGGCUCCCACCACCCCUUCUACAACGGCUUCUACUACAACCACAUCAUGAACGACAAGGGCAAUGGGCAGGAGAAAGCGGUUUUCUUCGAUGGAGCCAAACUGUUGGUGGAGACUCCCAAAGACCCCGUCUACAGCUUCAACGGUGGCAAUGUCACCCUGCCCUGCCACUACCGCUAUGAGCCCGACCUGGAAGCCAAGCGCAAGAUCCGCAUCAAGUGGUCCAAGCUCCGGGACGACUACACCAAGGAGCAGGAUGUGCUGGUGGCCAUCGGCAAGACCUACAUGGCCUUUGGGGACUUCCGUGGCCGCGCUCACCUCCUCCAGGCCGGCCGGCGCGAGGCCUCGCUGGUGGUCAGUGAUGUGCGCCUGCAGGAUGAUGGCAAAUACCGCUGCGAGGUCAUCGAUGGGCUGGAGGAUGAGAGCGAUGUGGUGGACCUCCGGCUGCAAGGCAUCGUGUUCCCCUACCAGCCUCCCCGCGGGCAGUACAAGCUCAACUUCCACGAAGCCGAGCGAGUGUGCCAGGAGCAAGGUGCCAUCCUCGCCACCUUCAACCAGCUCUUCCAGGCCUGGAGCGAGGGGCUGGACUGGUGCAACGCGGGCUGGCUGGCCGAUGGCACCGUGCAGUACCCCAUCCGCCUGCCCCGCAAGCCCUGCGGCGGGCUGCAGCUCGCCCCGGGCAUCCGCAGCUACGGCCCGCGCCACCGGUACCUGCACCGCUUUGAUGCCUUCUGCUUCUCCUCUGCGCUCAGAGGAGAGGUUUUCUACCUGGACCACAUGGGUGGGAUGACGCUGGAGGAAGCCAAGCAGAGCUGCCAGGAUGCAGGGGCCGAGAUCGCCCGGGUGGGACAUCUCUACUCCGCCUGGAAGUUCCUGGGGCUGGACCGCUGCGAUGCCGGCUGGCUGGCGGACGGCAGCGUCCGCUACCCCAUCACCAAGCCCCGCGCCAACUGCGGCCCUCCGGAGCCCGGUGUCCGCAGCUUCGGCUUCCCCAGCAAGGGCAGGUUUGGGGUCUUCUGCUACAAGGAGAGAUAAGGAGCCGGGAGGGCUCCUUCUUGGCCGGAGGAUGUUUCCAGCCUGAUGGUGCCCAGUGCUGGGCAUUUCCCAAGGCUGUUUUUGGGGUGACUGAGGGGAAACGGGAUGGGGGUGGGAUGGGAGGCUUCUUUUUGGUUUAUUUUUACUUCCUUUAUAUCUUCCACGUCUUGCUCAGCAGUUGGGGCAGCAUGGGACUGUCCCUGGCGAGGAUGGUCCCCAUGGGUCUCUGCCACCCUAUGGGUGAUGGCCCCUUCCUUCAUGGCAGGAUGUCACCAGCACCUGCCUGCCCUUCCAGGCUCAUCCUGCCCUUCCAGGCUGGUCCUGCCCCAGAACUCAUGGGGUGGGAGCGAGGAGAGGCUGGAACGGACCAGAGGCCGAGAGUGGGUGUCUCCAUUGCAUCCCAGCCCCAACCCUGUCCUACUGAAGGAUGCUGUUGUGCCUGUCCCUGCAGGAGUGCCAGUGCCUUAUCUCCAUGCACCCCUCGCCUGGACUCCACUUGAACUCUGGUGCCUUCUCCUUCAAAGCAUUUGGUUAUGAAAAUAUGUAUUUUCCUGGACCUCUUUUAAUAAAUCCAUGGAGAAAUCCCUGGAGGGAUGUGGCUGUAUCCCCAUCUCUGUCCCAGCACAAGAGAGGAGUCUGCCACAGAGAGGAUUUGGGGAUCCCUGGCUGGACACCCUUGGCUGAGCAUCAUCUCACCAUCACUUGCUCAGCACUGCGCCCGUCCAAGCUCCUGCAAGGGCCUUGUGCUCCCUCAUUAAUGGGUGUUAAUUAACCCUAUGGAUAUCAGGACUGAAAGCUGGAGGGUGAAGCAGUCCCUGCUGGUGAUGGGUUUUAGGGAUGUGGGUUAACCUCUCCCAGGAUGAGAACUGAAUAAGAGGUGAUGUCCUACACUAGGGUCCUUCUUCAGCUGGGGCUUGGGACUCUUCCCUCCUAUCUUCCUUGUCCCUGAGGCUGAACCCUUGGGUGCUGGCUGAGGCUGAGCUGGUGCUGUUUGGAGCACCCAGUUUGGGGUCCCCCCUUCCUUCCUCGCUGCUUUGCCCUGCCCCACACAUUAAAAAACCACACUCCAAGCACCCGUUCCGAUUUCACUCUCUUUAUUAUUUAUCAUUCUCUCAAAAUAGGAUAUGUUCAAAAAUAUAAAUAGGUGCAGGGAACGCUGGUGCCCCGCACGGUCCCCUGGAAAGAGCACGUUGUCCCAGGACGGGGGGGGGUGGCAGGGAAGCAGAGAGGGGCUGCAGCCCCCAGCACCCGGCUCCCGGGUCUCAGCAUCCCCUCGCCUCCCUCCUCCCAUAGCUCCUUCCAUCACAGCCCCCGGCCCUCCCCCCCCAGCCCUGAUGUGCUGCAGCAGUAGGAGGAUUCUGGAAAAAAAACAAUAAUAAUAAUAAAAUAAAACCCCAAAAAGGUGCUGCUCACCCCGGAGAUUAAAUAACAGAAAUAAUUACAUUGUUCGUGGAUAAAAUCAGGAAAAAAUAAUCAUCUUUAUUAUUUAACUUAACCCCCAGCCCUCUGCAAACCCACCCCCCUCCCUGUCCCCGAAGGCACGAAGAUAAUUGGAACCGGACGGUUAGUAAAAAUGCUGAGAUCUAAUUUGCUUUGCUUUGGUGCUUGGAAAAAAACAUUAAUUAUUGGUUUUUUAUACAUAUACACAAAGGUGGGUUUGUCUUUAAUAUAAUUUUUGUUUUUCCUUAUAUGACAAAAAAAAAAAAAGCAACAACAACAAGAAGAAGAGAAAUCGACUCUGUUAAUAUAAGUGUUCCGUUAAAAA